CAAGUAUCUUGGCGUCGAAUCUGGACAGUUGGUGUGAAUGUCUCGGUGGUAUUGUCUUCUCCGUGGCCAAUUCCGCUCUCUGACCGGGCGCUUCAUUAACAACAAGAAAGUUCGCGUCCCACAAUGCGAGAAGAAGCUUGAUCUUUUGAUGUGGAAUGAAUGGACCGACAGACCUGAAACAUUGGCGGGCGACCCUUUGCGUGCCCUACAAAACCCCGCAUGAGUUUGCUAAGCGACGAAGAAACGCCCCCUUUACCAUGUCGUGGCUCAAGUUGGGUUUGCACCUCACAUCCUACUAUGCAUUCAGGGUUUCGCUGUCCAACCCAGCACCCAAUGCCCCGAAAUCGGACGUCGACGCGAUCGAGAAGCCGACGUUAGAUGUAACACUGAAUAGCCUAUGUCCACCAACUCUGAAAAACCUACUCGCCAUCCCCGCGCUGGCGGAGGUCGCAAUUGUGCUCGCACUCCACUACCCCUCUGCCGAGUCGACGCGCGUUCUCGAGUUCCUCGGCUACAGCCCCACCUCCCUCUGGUCGGAGCCCCCGCGCCUAGCCCUCGCGGGGGCCGCCCUCGCCGUGCUCGGCGGACUCGCCCGCAAAUGGUGCUACCGCACGCUCGGGAAGCACUUCACCUUCCAGCUCGCGCUCCGGCCGGACCACAAGCUCGUCACCGACGGGCCGUACGCGAUCGUGCGUCACCCGGGGUACACCGCGUUCUUCGCGAGCUGCACGGGCAUGCUCAUGCUACACGCUACGCCGGGCUCGUGGGUCCGCGGUGCGCAGGCGCUCGAGCCGCUGCGUCUUGGUUUAGCGGUUGUGUGGCCGUCGUUGAUGCUGAUGGCGUGGUCGAUGCUGGCCAGGCGGCUCUCUGCCGAGGAUCAGUUCUUGAGGAAGCACUUUGGAAAGGUCUGGGAUGAUUAUGCGGCGAGGGUAAGGUAUUGGCUUGUCCCUGGGUUGAUAUAAGGUUGUCGGUCGAGAUAUACCAUGUUGUCUGUAUGUUAUUUAUUUCAUCAUUGUACCUGCCAAAACUCCAAGAUACAGCUGGAUACUGUGUCCCAGAA